AUGACCGGUGAAGGAAGUGGUACACCAAUUAAGAAGGUGAACAGUUCUGUUACUCUGAUCAUGGCGUCCUCCCUCAGGGCAUUGCUUGUUGAGGAUACGGCAGUUCAACGCAUGGUUGUCUCCGCCAUGCUGCGCAAUCAGUUUCACUGCGAGAUGACUCUGGCGAAGAAUGGGAAAGAAGCUGUUGACAUGUUCCUCGAGGGCAACACGUUUGAUAUAGUUUUUUGUGAUAGGGACAUGCCCAUAAUGACCGGCCCGGAGGCAGUUGUGAAGAUCCGUGCUAUGGGAGCCACUGAUGUGAAGAUCGUGGGGCUGUCUGAUGAUGAUAAUGCCAUGGAGGCGUUCAUCAGCGCCGGCGCCGAUGAUUUCGUGCCCAAACCAGUGAGGCCUGAGACUCUGGGGCCUAUGAUUCAGGAGGUCAUCAAUAAGAAGCUAGAACAGUUAGCGACGCUUGCUUGA